ACUUUAGAACCACGUUUGUUCUUUUAAAAAAGAACAAAUUGGAGCAAACAAAUACCUGCUGCUCACAGCCUCUCGGUGCUGUCAGUGAAGCCAUGGCCUCGGUGCCCUCCGUCGGUUGUCUUCUGGCCAAAAAUCAGUAUUAUCAAAAGUCCAGUAUUUCUUCAGUUAGUUCUUUAACUGGUUCUUAUUCUGUUAACCUCCUAGAUGAUGGCAAAUCCCAACAAGGGUUACCAGAAGCAGCAGAAUCCAGCUGGUGGUUUAUAUCCUUUUUCUAUUUUGAACCUGUACUUUCAAAUGAGAGAAUAAAAGAUGCAUCUGCUAGUGGGUGA